AACUUAUCAUAACUAUUGUCAAAGACUAAGACUAAAUCAAAGAGUAGAAGAUCUCUAUUCUUUGUCUUUGAGCGCUCUCAACUGUCAGCUCAGUUGACUCAACUGUUUCCAUCUUUUUCAGUUGUAAACAGUUUCAGUGGCAACCAUAAACAAAAAUAUUUUCUUGAAAGUAUCCAUUCAAAUUCAUAGUGUUUUCAAUUUUUGAUGACCUUACUUUUCAAGACCGGUUGCUGCAUCGUUGUACUGGGUGAGAUUGAUGUUACGGAAACUGGUAACGGUGGCAAAAAACUCAUUCUAUAGACCUUGUUAGGUCACCAUUCCACAUGUGAUAUAAGCAAACCGUUUGGUUGUUAUUUUUCUUUUAGUGAUUAAUAAUGAUUAAAAGUGGAAAUAAGAAAACCAGUGAUCAACAAAAAACCUCAUUCCAAUUAGGAGGAACAUCACUAGAUUUUAGACUUUGUUUAUAUUUAACCUUCCUUCUUGCUUUUGGUACAAGACUGUAUAAAAUUGGUGAACCUGAUCAUGUUUGCUGGGAUGAAACGCACUUCGGUAAAAUGGGAUCCUAUUAUAUUAAUCAUACUUUUUUCUUCGACGUUCAUCCACCGCUUGGAAAGAUGCUCAUUGGACUGUCGGGAAAAUUGACUGGAUAUAAUGGAACCUUUGCAUUUAAUAAACCUGGAGACAAAUAUGGGGAUCACAAUUAUCUCGGAAUGAGACUUUUCUGUGUAACACUCGGAGCUCUAAUCAUUCCUUUCACUUAUGUGAUUGUCUGGGAAUUAACUGGAUCAUUAAGUGCCUCACUAUUAGCCUCAGCUUUGAUUACAUUUGAUAUCGGUUUGCUGACAUUGUCGCAGUAUAUUUUGCUCGAUCCAAUUCUACUCUUUUUUGUGAUUGGAUCUUUCAUGGGUUCAGUGAAACUGGGAUCGUAUUAUGAUCGAUCAUUUACUUUCUAUUGGUGGUUUUGGCUGAUAUGGACCGGCACAUUUCUUGCUUGUGCAAUGAGUGUCAAAUUUGUCGGACUAUUUGUUGUUAUUUUAGUUGGCUUAAGAACUGUCGCAGAAUUGUGGCAGCUUUUAGGAGACUGUAAUUUGCCUAUGAAAGUCAUUGGAGCGCAUUUUAUUGCCCGUGUUUUGUGUUUAAUUCUGCUCCCGAUAUUUAUUUAUACCACUUUCUUCUGGAUUCAUUUAUCUGUUCUCUAUAAAAGUGGACCCGGCGAUGGAUUUUACAGCUCAGCUUUUCAAUCGCAAUUGGAAGGUAACUCUUUAUACAAUAUAUCGAUGCCUCGUCAUGUUGCUUUUGGUGCUGUCAUCACGUUAAAAAAUCAUCGUACUGGUGGUGGUUAUCUUCAUUCUCAUUGGCAUCUUUAUCCUGAAGGAGUUGGAGCAAGACAGCAACAAGUAACUGCAUACUCACAUAAAGAUGAAAAUAAUAAAUGGGUGAUUAAAAAGUACGAUAAAGAACCCAAUGCUGAAAAGGAUGAGAUUGAACUAGUUAAAAACGGUGAUCUCGUUCGUCUUGAGCAUCAAGUAACAGCCAGAAAUCUUCACAGCCACAGAGAAAGAGGACCAGUUACCAAGAAACAUUAUCAAGUCACUUGUUAUGGAGAAAAUGGUGUUGGUGAUGCAAAUGAUGUCUGGAGAGUUGAAAUUAUCAGCGCAAAACCAGAUGAAAGAUUAGCGACGGUAACCAGUAAAUUUCGAUUAAUUCAUUAUUUUGUUGGUUGUGCUCUUCAUUCUCAUUCUAAACAACUUCCUAAGUGGGGAUAUGAACAAAUGGAAGUUACCUGUUCUCCUAAUACACUUGAUAAAAAUGGCAUUUGGAAUAUUGAGGAUAAUUUCUUUCCACGCUUACCUAAUGUCAGUUUUCAGGAAUAUGCUCCUAGUUUCAUUGAAAAGUUCAUCGAAUCUCAUGCAGUUAUGCUUCAAGGUAAUGCCGGUCUUAAGCCCAAAGAAGGUGAAGUCACUUCAAGACCCUGGCAAUGGCCAAUAAAUUAUCGGGGGCAAUUCUUUUCUGGGAAUGAGUAUAAAAUUUAUCUACUCGGAAAUCCAAUUAUCUGGUGGGCAAAUAUUGCUAUCAUGGCCGUCUAUCUCAUUUUACAGAUCUCUAUAUUAAUUAGAGAGCAAAGAGGUUGCAACGAAGUUGCUGAUAUUAAAGACCAAAACUCUAGACUGACAUAUGCAUCAGUUUGGUUAUUAAUUGGAUGGGGAUUGCAUUAUUUCCCAUUUUUUGCCAUGGGAAGAGUAUUAUACUUUCACCAUUAUUUUCCGGCUCUAAUUUUCAGUAGCAUGCUUUCAGCGGUUGUUAUCGACUAUCUGCUGAGAAAUAUUCCGAAGUUAAUUUGGCCGCAGCUAGCUGAGACAAUUUUUCACUUCGGCUAUGGCGUAAUUAUUUCAUCAAUUGUCUACAGUUUCUACCUAUUUUCGCCUCUGAGUUAUGGAACUAAAAUGGAAUCAGGAGCUGAAUCAAAUCACACAUUGACUGAGCUAAGAUGGCUCGAAUCAUGGGAAUUUUAGUGUAAACAAAUCUAUUUUUUAUACUUGAUGCAAUCUGCAAAAUAUUAAAAUUUAUUUAUUAACUUUUCA